AUGUCAUUACAAGCAGCAGAUUUAUUUUUCAAAUGUUUGCAGCUUAGUGAGUACGCAGGAGCCUUCAUUAGAAAUGUAUGAAAUAGCCAAAAUUUAAAUGCAUUUGAAAAAGGAGUCAAUGAUCCUUGCACUGCUGCAGAUUUAGGAGCUCAGAAGCUCAUAUCUGCAACUUUGCAUCGUUAUUUCCCUGAUUUAUGCAUAAUUGGUGAAGAAGAUGUUAUGGUUGAAGACAAAGAGUAAGGAAAUAAUCAGCGCAAUAAAUUUAGAUAACAAUAGCAUUGAUCCAUUUGCAAGCUAUAAUAAAGAGUUGGAAAUCCAAAAAUUGACUGUUUGGGUUGAUCCACUAGAUGGGACCUCUAAUUUUGUAAUGGGAGCUUUAGAAGGGGCAACCACGCUUAUAGGGAUUGCUUAUGAAGAAACUCCAAUUUUUGGAAUAAUUCAUCAAGUUUUUGGAGAUGGGGCUCCCUCUUAUUUUGGAGGGAUUGAGUUUGGGACUUUUUAUAAGGAUCAAGCAGAGAUUAGACCGUUUCAUCCAGCAGAGUGCGAAGAUUUUACAAUAACUGGGACAAGGCUACAUAAAACACUUUUGAAUGAAGAAAUGAACAAUAUUUUGAGACCUGAUAGAAUUAUUGAAGCUGAUGGAUGCGGAAAUAAGUCUUUGCAAGUGGUCAGAGGAAUUGCAUCUUCCUAUUUCACAUGCACCACCAAAACUUACAAAUGAGAUAUGUGCCCUUCUGCUGCAUUUAUGCGGGCUUUUAAUGGAUUUGUAGUCGAUUAUAAUGGAAAAGAUCUCCCAUUUAAUAAAGAAGCAGACAAGAGAAACCAAUUCGGAGCUAUUGUAACCUUAAAGGAAGAUUACAAAAAUCGGAUUAUAGAAGCUUGGAGAAGCUUAAACAGAGAUACAUUAGCUUAA